AUGAGCAGCAAAGAGAUGAUAGUUGAUGCUCUCGCAUGUAUCGACGCUUGGGAAAACUGCCUACCACUGGGUGGUGAUGGCAUCUGGAGCGUGCUGAACAAACACCAGUCAAUGUUGUGCUCAAUAGGGUCGCGAUCGAACUAUUGGGAUACAGAGAGCCGUGAUCUCAGACAAGAGUUUCGAGUUUUCGCCUUUGGUUGGUACGCGGCUGAGUGCGCUAUCAUUCCCAUUGCCAUUUGCGCAUCGGUGCGGCACGUUGUACAGCAACUCUUCAAAAAACAAUUCCCACCUGUGAAAGUAUGGAACUCGGAUGAUCACGUCGCAUACGCGGCGACGCGAAAAGUAUUGUUCAACGUCGAUGGCGUCGCGUUCUGUCCAUGCCCGGUCCACAUCGUGCGGCGGAUCACGGAACAGAAAAUUGGAAGCGAAGACCACUAUGAAGAACUUGCGAUGCAGUGCACCCUGAUGAAGCAUGCUGGCUCACAUGCGCAAUUUGAACACUUCAAUCUGGGGGACGAGAAUGAAUUACCACGAAUCUUUCGUCAGCCGUCAGGCGACGCAGUGCAAUAUAAGACUGCGGACAAGAAACGAUUCAUCAAACAGUACACGGACCAGCACACUUGUCCCAAAUUGACGAAUGCGAAUAUGUAUGAAAUAUGUGGUGAUACCAAAUGGUUGGAAAACUAUCACAUCAACCCAAUUUUGGACUGCAUACAAUUCGAUUUGCGUGCAAUGGGGAGACGAUGCUCGAUUGUAGGACCUAUUUUACGUGAGUCGGAGCUAAUGACGACCGGCCGUGUAGCUGUCGAGCAAGACUAUCGUAACGCCCUGUCGAUGACAUCUCAUGGGAGGAAUGCAAGGUGGUAUGAAAGUGAUGAUAUUUUUUUCGUGUGGCAAAAUGGGGCUAGAUGCCAUUGGUUCGCGUAUCAUUUCAAGUACGAGCGCGGCUCAUGGACCUCACGCAGGUACGACUCUAUGCAGGUACUCAGAAGCCACAAGUUCAAUACACAGCACGUUCCACUUCCACCCGAUGACAAGGAGGAAGUGGAAAAGCUCGGACAGCUCUUGACGUUUGCCGUUCGCGAAUGGCACAGAACGCAACCUGAAAACGAUGAAGCUGCAUCGAAGCACAAGGCGCUGGAAGCAAAAGUACGUUUCGACUCGAAGACAUGGCCACCUCAGCAGGUCGACGGGUCGUCCUGUGGAGUACUUACAGUUUACAACAUCACCUUAGCUGCCAUGGGUAUUGCCAUUUCACCGAAACUGUACGUGACGCAUUGUGGGGAGCAGCACUUACGAAAUAAGCUCGUACACGCUUUGCGCGAUAUAAAAAAUGUCGACUCGCGUUAUUGGUACGCGAACGUGAAGGAUCCAUUACACGUGUACUAUGAUGAACUUGAAUUGGACACAUCUAUUUGGUGCUUAAGCGGCUAG